GAGCUUCAUCAUUGUUCACGUGCCCAUUGCUCUUCCUCGCUGCAAUCUUGAUUUCCUAAUACAAUUUGAGGAGAAAGAGAAUUGGAAGAUGGGCCUGGAAAUCAUGGAACCAAAUACGUGCAUUCGUGGUUGUUGUACCAGCCAAAAUAUCCCCAUUCAUUUCCCUCCUUCUUCUUACUCUCUCUCUCACCCUAUUGCUCGAGGGGCUGAAAGUGUGGUCUAUGAAGCCAUUCUUGAUGGUCAAAAAGUUGCUGUCAAGAAACCCAUCCUGUCCACAUCUGAUGAUAUUGAUAAAUUCCAUAAAGAACUCCAAUUAUUAUGCACAUUGGAUCAUCCGGGGAUAGCAAAGCUAGUGGGGGCGCAUGCCAAGCCGCCAAAUUACAUGUUUUUCUUUGAAUACUAUGAGUCUGGAAAUCUUGCUGGGAAACUACACGUGGAUGAAUGGAGCCCAAGUAUCAGGCAGGCACUUGAAAUUGCAACUCGUCUAGCAAAGGCCUUAAAAUACCUACAUAACCUUGGGAUUGUGCACAGGGAUGUGAAACCAGCAAACAUUCUCCUUGAUAGAGGGCUCCAACCAUACCUUGCUGACUUUGGUUUGGCCGAAUACAAAAAGAAUCUUAAACUAGUUUCCACUGAAAACUGGAAAUCGAAUGGCAAGCCAACUGGAGGUUUCCAUAAGAGGAAUAUGGUGGGUACGCUUAUUUACAUGGCACCGGAGGUGCUGAGGAAAGAGAUACACACUGAAAAAUCUGAUGCCUAUAGCUUUGGAAUAACAAUGAAUGAGCUUCUCACUGGCGUAGUUCCGUACACUGAUCUUCGUGCAGAGACACAGGCCCAUACUGUGCUUGAAAUGAACUACACCGAGCAGCAGCUUACUGCAGCCAUUGUAUGUGUAGGCUUACGACCCGUUCUAGCUGAUCUUCAGUCCGGUGCUCCAGCAAGUUUAGUCUCGUUGAUAGAAGGAUGUUGGGACAAAGAUCCACAAAAUAGGCCUUCUUUUGACGAUAUUGUUGUGGAACUUGAUUCCAUUCUGGAACAUGAAAUUGGAAGGAACUGUAUGGAGAAGGCCUCAGCGGAAUCUUUUAUUUCUUCAAAUGGUGUUGAUGCUGCAAAUUUCCAAAGCUAUCAGGAGAAUAUCAGCUGGUUCAGUCAAGGUAAAGACUUUUUGAAAAAGGUUCCUACUGCCCUUGCUGCUAGCACAUGGCUGGAUUCUUCAGAUGAUCAUGUAUAUAGUCCAGUUCUGUCUUGGGGUUCCUUUGCAUCAUGUGGGAGAAGGGAAACGAUGGAAGAUAGACACUUCCUUAUGCCUCAGUUAUGUGAUGAAAAGGAUAUUCACAUGUUUGCAAUCUUUGAUGGUCAUCGAGGUUCAGCAGCUGCUGAGUUUUCCACUGGAGCUUUACCGGGAUUUUUGCAGAAUCUUGGUUCAGUUUGCAGUCCCUCUGAUGCGCUUUUUGAAGCAUUCAUAAAGACAGAUGUUGCAUUCAGGACACAGCUUGAUUCUUGUCGCAAACGCAAGGGAGCAGUUCAGAAAGAUUGGCACCCUGGUUGUACUGCAAUAGCUGUUCUUAUCAUCAGAAACAAACUAAUUGUUGCUAAUGCUGGUGAUUGCAGAACAAUCUUGUGUCGAUCUGGGAAUCCAUAUGCUCUAAGUAGGGAUCAUGUUGCAAGUUGUCUUGAGGAGCGGGAACGUAUUAUCCGUUCAGGUGGCGUUGUCAAAUGGCAAGUGGAUACAUGGAGGGUGGGUGAUGCGGCCCUCCAGGUCACACGGUCUAUUGGCGAUGAUGAUCUGAAGCCAGCUGUAACUGCGGAACCUGAGAUAACUUCGACUAUUCUUUAUGCCGAGGAUGAAUACAUUGUAAUGGCGAGUGAUGGCCUUUGGGAUGUUGUUAGUGAGACGGAUGUGGUGAACAUAAUCAGAGAUACAGUGAAAGAGCCAGGAAUGUGCUCAAAGAGAUUAGCAACAGAAGCUGCGGAACGGGGAAGCAAAGACAAUAUAACCGUUAUCGUUGUUUUCUUGCGUCCAGUUUCCACAGCCGAGAGAAUUUAUUAGCUCUGGUAUCAUCAUUCAUCAUUCUUUGCAAAAAGGUGCCAUUCGUGAACUUCCUACAAAUCGAAGAUUCUUUCUGUGAAGUGCAAAUCAAUUGAUAAGAACAAACGUGAUGUAUUUAAUCAGUGGAGUUAUUUGGAUAAGUUAAUUGUCCGCUGUCAGCUUGUGAUAGUUGUUUUCUGAUUUGUGAUCUUGAUUCGGAAUAAAGUUUCUCUUUUCGGACUUCCUUAGUUGUUCCCGAUACUUUUUCAAAAUAAUAUCAUCAUCCAAUGAUAGCAAAGAGUGUAACA